ACUCGACAUUCAGGAAGUUUUACUGGCAGCUUCUUUAAAGUCGAUAAAGGGGAGCCUGUGCAAGAUGGCGUCCCUGCGCUCUAUCGGGCGCCCAGCUAUGUCUCCCCUGGGGGCCCUUUUGGUGGCUGUGGUCUUGCUCUCACAGCAGAUGAGCGGCGCAGCAGCUUUUAACGUCAGCUUCUUGCAAGGCUGCCCUGACUUCAACAACGUUACAAACCUCGACCUUAACUUCAAGAAGCUGGAAGGUCCCAUUCCACCAGAGAUAGGCAAAUGCACUGCGCUAGCCAGCCUCAAGCUCAGCUUCAAUUCAGACAUCAGCGGCCAGAUUCCGCCAGAGAUUGGCCGCCUCAGCAACCUGCGGGCGCUUAAAAUGGACUUUCUACCGAAGCUUACGGGGUCAAUUCCCCCUGGAUUGGCAAUCUGUCCCAACUUGAGGAGCUGGAUUUGCCCCAUUCCUUCUGAGUGGUUGUGCCAAAUGUCCACCUUGGUUAACCUGGAUUUGGGCUCCAACAACUUUUCAGGCCAAAUACCAGCAUGUUUGGCCAACCUCUCUGGGCUGCAGUUUGUGACACUUGCGGUGAAUCGCUUGUCGGGGUCCAUUCCUAGCGAGCUUGCGCUGCUGCCAAACCUGACAUAUCUUAGUUUGGGGUCAAACCUGCUCUCGGGAACCAUUCCCUUAGAGCUUGCCAAGAGUACGAAGCUCUCCACUCUGAACCUUAGGAACAACAGUCUAACUGGGCCAAUACCGCCUCAGCUCGUCGACCUUACCGAACUGGGUUACCUUGAGCUGUCCCACAAUAAGCUGUCUGGCCCUUUACCUGCAUUCACCAACAUGUCUCGGUCUGCGGGUGCUGCCUUUUUGAAACUAGGCUCCAACAAUCUGUCUGGACCCAUUCCCCCCUCCCUCGGAAGCAUCUCUGGAUUCAGUAGCCUCGAUCUGAGCUCUAGUCAACUUACAGGCGAGAUCCCAGUUGUGUUCAGUACGUUCAGUGCGCUGGGGGUACUAGAUCUUGGUCAAAACAAUCUUCAAGGCCCAGUUACACCCUUGGCAAACCUGUCUAAGGUGACAUACUUGGACCUCACGCACAAUAGCUUUAGCGGGACCAUCCCACCUAGCCUUUUUGUUGGGAAAUCAGGGGUCUUUUUAUCCCACAACAACUUCUCGGGCCCCAUACCAAGGGAGGUCGCCGAGCUGCAGCCGACUUUCUCCUUCACAGACGCCCCAUACCUACUCUUGGACCUGUCUUCCAAUCAGCUGUCUGGCAGCCCCCCCCCAGAGCUGCAGCAGCUCUCAACCCUCCUGCAACUCAACCUGUCCAACAACAAUCUAUCGGGCUCCUUCCGAGUGGGGCCUUUCCGAAGGAGCCCCGUCUACAGCGCGCUCCUCGACUUCAGCAACAACGGGCCUCUGGCGAUGCUUCCGGGAACCAACUUCAGCGGUCUUCAAGUGGUCGCCCUCCCCAAUCUAACCUCCAGGGAUCCCCCGCUGAUCGCCCCCGACAUGCGCGUUCUACAACUUAGCGGCGGGGUACACAAGAAGGGGUUGGACCUAUCGGCAGUCCCUGCGACCUGCCCGUAUGUAACGUACAACCGGGGGCCGGUGUCGGACAUUACGUUCUGGGACGCGUGCACUGGAACGACCGGUUGCCUGGUAAACCUGGUGGGUACCGGAUCCAAGCUGAGCCGCGACGCGCGCAAGAUGGUGUGCCUCAACCGGAUCUCCGUCAUCCUGGAGGGGGAUCCCCCGGCUCUGGUGUUCCCUUUUCAGUCCCCCCUGUCGCCCUAUCUGAACAACAGCCGGGGGCCCUACUUCUUCAACGACAGCCGGUUUAUCGACAAGAUCGACCUGGGUAAGGGCGGAGUUGCAUACACGGGCGUCGGCUUUGCGCGCGUGCAAGAGGGCAACCUGUGCGGUAACCCGGAGGCCAAAACGGUGGUGGCCGUUACGUAUGGCGUCUUUGCCGGUCUCAUUCUCUUGAGCUCUCUCGGCUGGUGGGUCGCUGCUCGGCUCGGUUUCCCGGGCAAGGGCGACUCCUCGGGGCAAAAGACGGUUGUGACUCUUGGCUUAUAUACAUGGAGUAUCCUCUGUGCGCUGCUGCCGUGGGGCACUCUCGCCUCAAAUGUGACCGUUGUGGCGGACAUUUGGGGGGCGUGGUCGGCUUGGGUCGUCCUAGCUUCGAUCCUCGCACCGUAUCUCGUCAGCGCCACGUGCGUGGCGUGGAUUUGGUGGGGCGAUUCAACGUCCAACUCGAUCUUGAAGGCGCGCUUCAAGUGGGUCUGGUUCGCCGACCUCACCGACGCAUACCCCCCGCCACCUUUGAACGGACUCCCCGCCUGGCGAUACCCUCUGGCACUCAUCUCUCUACCCAGCGCCGCGGCAGCUGUUGUCGCCUAUGACGUCAUCGCGUUUGCGGAUAAAGUUGGGUUCCACCUCUGGUGGGGCGAGGAUAUUUACACCAUGCUUCCGUACUUCGACUUCCGCUCACAGCUGGAUCUGGUCCUCCGGUCCAUACCCCAAGCGAUAUUCCAGAGUGUGCUCUACUUACUGGGCAGCUCUCGGGCGACGCGUAUUUACAUCGACCAGCAGAUUUUCACCGUCUCGAUCUCCUUCUCCCUCGUGAGUAUCCUCGUGCAGUACAACUUGCUUCUGAAGGAGACCAUUGAGACGAGAGUUCCGGUGGCGAUGAUUGUUCGGAAGCGCUUCGCGGCCGCAAACAGUCGCCCCUGUUUGAUGCGGACAGCUGGCAAGACGGAGGACGCUGGAGGGUUCGUCGACGAGAAGGGUGCCCCGUAGUUGGCUUAGUGGGAAAACGGAGCGUUCGGCCACCAUAUGUCUCUGCUAGACUUAGAAGUGGCUUCUGAUUUUAGGUUCUAUAUCGCGUUUAGUAUAAUGUCGGAUCUCGAGGUAGUGCAGAAACUGGUAGAGCACAGACUCGUUUGUUGUUUGAAGUUGGAUAGGACCUUUGAUCCGCUUGAGUGGAGCAGGCUAAAGCCAGUCUCAUGUAGUCUCAGUUGAUAUAUUUUAGAAGGAUUGUCCGGCCCAUAGUUUCGAGUACAGGUAAUCCACGAACUUAGGAGGCGGCAUCAUCAUGCAUCAAUCCCACAGGCCCCGUCCGAGAACAGAAGACGUAGAUAUACCUCAGUCGCAAACAUAGGCUCGGUGUGGAAAGGUAUUGGGGAACUGGGAAAGGUUCAGUGGUUCGGAUCUUUGUCGCCU